CGCCGUGGAGGAGAAAGAGACAACGCAGCGGACACAAAAAAACACACACAACAAUGGCGACGGCGGCGGGUACAACGGCAGGCGGAACGGGAUCAGGCGGACCGGCCACCGGCCCGGUCGGCGGCGGCGGAACCGCAGUGGGACGAAAGAAGGACGGCGGUCCGUCUACGAAAUUCUGGGAAAGUUCAGAUACCAUAUCCCAGUUCGAGACGGUGCGGCAGUGGAUCGGAAAGCACUACAAGAAGUCUGUCCAGAAUGACUCCCCCUCCAGUAAAUCCUUGGCGGGUCUGGUGGUCCAGCUGCUGCAGUUCCAGGAAGACGCAUUUGGACGCAGGGUCAACAACCCCGCUCUUACCAAGCUACCUGCCAAGUGUUUCCUGGAUUUCAAGGCAGGUGGUGCUCUCUGUCACAUCUUGGGGUCGGUCUACAAGUUCAAGAGCGAGCAGGGAUGGCGUAGAUUUGAUCUGCAGAAUCCUUCCCGGAUGGACAGGAACGUGGAAAUGUUCUUAAAUGUAGAGAAGAACUUGGUCCAGAACAACUGCUUGACUCGACCAACCGUCUUCCUGUCGCCGGACAUCGAGCAGAAACAAGCCAGUAAGCUCAAAGACAUCAUCAAAAGGCACCAGGGCUCCAUUACUGAUGACAAGUCAAAGGCCACCCACCACAUUUACCCCACUCCAUCCCAACAAGAAGAAGAAGAGUGGCUUCGUCCUGUCAUGAGGAAAGACAAGCAGGUGCUGGUUCACUGGGGUCUCUCCCCAGACAGCUAUGAUACCUGGGUAUCAGCCGGUGAGGUGGAUGGAGACGUGGAGGACCCACCCAGCACCGACAGACCGUGGAAGGUCCAUGCCAAGUGGGUUUUAGACACCGAUGCCUUCAACGAGUGGAUGAAUGAAGAAGACUACGAGGUGGACGACAACAAGAAGCCAGUCAGCUUCCGCCAGAAGAUCUUCCCCAAGGAGGAGGAGUCUUCCCGUACACCCGAUCGCAAGGAGCGCAAGGCCAACUCUGCCAGCAAGAAGAGGAGGCGCUCGCCCUCGCCGCCCAGCACUCCUGCCGAGUCCCGCAAGAAGGGAGGAAAGAAGGGGAACCAGGGGCCUCACUGGAAGCGACGGGGCCACAGAGGCGAAGAGGAGGACACGGAGGAGGACAUGACCAAGGACAUGGACGACUCCUCAGCUGGUGCCAGCAUGGAGGAGGGAAGCAUGUCCAAGAAUGCAAACUCAAAGAAAGACAGUGAGAAUACUCCGGUGAAAGGAGGGAAUGUGGCCGACUUGGAUGACAUGGAGGACGACUCCGUGCUUUCUGGUGGAAAGGACGAUGAGGAUCAAAGCAAAGCUGAAGUGAACCGACUGCUGGACUCUAGCGAGGACAACGUGACGGAACAGACUCACCACAUCAUCAUCCCCAGCUACGGCGCCUGGUUUGACUACAACUGCAUCCAUGAGAUCGAGAGAAGAGCGCUGCCCGAGUUCUUCAACGGGAAGAACAAGUCCAAAACUCCAGAGAUAUACCUGGCCUACCGCAACUUCAUGAUCGACACAUAUCGGCUCAACCCUCAGGAGUACCUCACCUCCACCUCCUGUCGCAGGAACCUGACCGGGGACGUCUGUGCCAUCAUGAGGGUUCAUGCGUUCCUGGAGCAGUGGGGUUUGGUGAACUACCAGGUCGACUCCGAGAGUCGCCCGUUACCCAUGGGCCCCCCGCCCACACCCCACUUCACCGUGCUGGCUGACACACCAUCUGGCCUCAUGCCCCUGAACCACAGACCCCCACCGAUUCCCCCCCAACAGCCAAUGCCCAACUUCGCAGACAAAGGCAAAGACAAGUCCAUCGACCUGCAGAACUUCGGCCUUCGCUCCGAUCUCUACAACAAGAAACACUUCAAGGGUAAGACGGUCAACUCCACCAGGGAUUGGACCGAGCAGGAAACCCUUCUGCUGCUGGAGGCCCUGGAGAUGUUCAAAGACGACUGGAACAAAGUGUCUGAGCACAUCGGUUCACGUACCCAGGACGAGUGCAUCUUGCACUUCCUGCGCCUCCCCAUUGAGGAUCCGUACAUGGAGAGCACCGAGGCCUCCCUGGGCCCUCUGGCCUACCAGCCCAUCCCCUUCAGCCAGUCUGGAAACCCCGUCAUGAGCACAGUAGCCUUCCUGGCCUCUGUGGUCGACCCCAGAGUGGCGUCUGCUGCCGCUCGGGCAGCUUUAGAGGAGUUCUCCCGUGUGCGUGAGGAGGUGCCGGCUGAGCUGGUGGAGGCUCACGUGAAGAAGGUGCAGGAAGCGGCCAGGAGCACAGGAAAGGUGGACCCCGCCUUCGGCCUGGAGAGCAGCGGCAUCGCCGGCACCGCUCCCGAAGAACCCGAAAAGACUGAAGCCCCAGAGGCAGAGAAGAUGGACACGGACACAGACUCCCAACAGGCCGACAAGGCGGAGUUGAAGGACGAGGCGGAGAAGCCCAGCGAGUCUGCGGAGAAGAGCGACAAGACUGAAGCCACAGACAAGGUGAAGAAGGAGGGAUCGGAGACGUCGGAGCGCGAGGAAGACAACGAAGAGGGAGGGGAGGCAAAGACGACUCCAUCAGGUAACGACAAAGCCAAGGACGAGACGAUGGAGACGUCGUCCUCGGAGCAGGAGAAGGAGAAGGAGGAGAAGGCCGCUGCAGAGGAGGGAGAGGAGAAGAGGAAGAAACUGGAGCACGACAUCGGAGAGGGUAACAUCGCCACCGCGGCCGCCGCCGCCCUCGCAUCGGCUGCCACCAAGGCCAAGCACUUGGCGGCGGUGGAGGAGAGGAAGAUCAAGUCCCUGGUGGCUCUGCUGGUGGAGACCCAGAUGAAGAAGCUGGAGAUCAAGCUGAGGCACUUCGAGGAGCUGGAGACCAUCAUGGACCGAGAGAAAGAGGCCUUGGAGCUUCAGCGGCAGCAGCUUCUCACCGAGCGCCAGGCGUUCCACAUGGAGCAGCUGAAAUACGCCGAGAUGAAGGCGAGGCAGCAGAUGGAGCAGCAGGCCGCCGCCGCCGCCGCCGCCGCUGCUGCUGCUGCUGCUGCAGCCGCCGCCGCCCAGGCUCAAGGACAAGGGCAGGCUCCCGGAUCCGGACCACCUCCGUCAGGCAUGCACCCUGGAGGGCCCCCGCCUCACCACGGAGCACCGUUGCCCCACCACGGAGGGCCCCCGCCCGGUGCUGCCAUGCACCCCGGCUACCCGCCAAUGGGUCUCCACCCCAUGGGCCCUCACCACCCAGGACAGACAGGACCGAUGGGACCGGGACGCAUGAUGUCCGGCCCGCCUUCUGGCGGCCCUCCUCCUAGCGGCAUGGCCCCCAUGAUGCCCCCCCGCCAUGCUGGAGCUCCCAACGGCAUGUGUGAGUACAAAUCUCCUUCUGCCGCACAUUGUGUUUGUUGUGUGUGUGUGUGUGUGUGUUUAUGUAUAAAGUUGUAUGUUUGUAUCAGAUUUAAAGGGUUAUUAUUGGGGUGAUGUGUACUUUUAAUUCAUCAAAACCAGUAUGCUGGAAAAUGCGGGGGUCGUUUUUAGAAUCCAGGAUUUACAUCACAAGCAAUCCCAAAAAAGGUUUCUGGGGAAACUAAACAUUACUGUGACCGAGAGCUGCAGCUCAACCUAAGAACCAACAUUGAACCUGGAUUCCAUAACAUCUAUUAGAGAUAAAACUAGAUUACUGGGAAGUCAGAAAGGAAGACAAAACAUCUAUAUUUCAGUCUCAUUGAUCAUCUAACGACUGACCCUUGAGAUUUAUCCAACAGCCAUUUUGGUCGAUACUAGUUCAUCCAAGUGAUUCUGAUAAUUAACCGUUACCCAACACUCAUAAUUUUGACCCAUUAAUGCUGUCAGUUUAGCAGUUAAAAGAAAUAUAUCACUAAUGUUAACAGGCUGAGUAACUCAGGAGGAGCGGCUUGUUACUGAAAGGAGAAUAGCUGGUCCACCUUAAAGGUCAGCCCACCUUAAGUGAGCCUGAGUUGUCGCUAACUUCUGAGCUAACCUCCUGCGCUUCAAUCAGCAGGUUGCUGGAGUUGUAGCAUUUAUUAACAGACAGAUAAACUGCACACAUGCACUGCUCCAGUCACAGCUAUAAUGUUACUGCUGACUUUAUACUCAUCAUCUCUUGACCGAUGCUCGCUAAUGUGACUGUGUAGACGCACAGCUGACAACCUCGCAGCUAAACUAAUUGACGCAACGGGGAGAGUUACUGGCUGCAUGUGUCCACAGCAAUGCACGCAACAUCGUGGCUGUUGUUUUUCUCAUAAACUGCCGCUGGAAAUAAACGGUGGAUUUAAUUUGUUAGUGCAUCAGGUUAUCGGUGCAGCUGGGCGCCUUUAACCACAUCACCCUUGCAUGCAAAGCAUUUAUCUUAUUGGUUGACUGUUAAUGAUCGGUUGAACUCCAGACAUCCAGGUUUGAAACCGCUAUCAAGGACUCUCCUUCACCUCAUAAAGUGUUUCUCUUUUUCUCUAAAAAACAGCAUCUCUCCUCUUUCUAGACCCUGGCCCACCACCUGCACAGGCUGAACCGGUACCUCCACUUCCUGUGGGUCCUCCAGCACCCGCGAGUG